CAUCGUCUUUACACAAACCCAUCCGCGGGGAAAAGCUCCUUGGAAUGGAAAGCAAAACUAAAGCCAUUGGAGUGGUCUAUGGAGGUAGCUUCAGCAGCUUUAACUGUACGCACACGCGGUCACUGAAGCUCAGUCCGUGGUCUACCAACUUUGCUGUACAACAAACAGGAGAUGGAAAACACGAGAGAGACGAGGAGCUUCGCCUUCUUCUUUCUCCUCCUCGUCCUCUUCAUCCUCGUCCUCCGACCCAGACUACAAGGUCACCACCUCCGACCCCGAGGAUGAUGCCGCCGGCGUCGAGCUCCCGUCGUCGGACGAGGAACCCCUCUCCGUCUUGCGCACGCAGGGCCACGUGGACGCGGUGUGCAGGAAGUACGUCAUCUCCGAGGACCAGUACACCGCCCUCCCCGCCGGCGACCUGCGCGCGAGCUCGUCCCCGCCGCGUGGCGCCGUCUGCGUGUACGCGCACGCGCUGGAGGCCGGGAUGCGCGUCCCCCUGCACCACUUCUUCGUCGACGCGCUCAACCACUUCGGCCUCGCGCCCACGCAGCUCGCGCCCAACGGGUGGCGCAUCGUGGCGGGAUUCAUUGUGCUCUGCCACUCCGCCGCCGUGCCGCCGUCCCUCGCGGUGUUCCGGCGGUUCUUCGUGCUGUCCGCCCUCCCGCACAAGCACAAAAAGGGCUGGUACUACUUCCAACCCAGGUCGAAGGGCAGAUCGGGCUUGCGGUUCACGGGGUUGCCGGAGUCCAUCAAGGGCUGGAAGCGCGGGUUCUUCUUCCUCUGUUCGCCCACCGGCUGGCCUUGUCCUGUGGAGUGGGGCAGGCCGUCCAAGAGCUCUCUCGUGGACCCCGUGCUCUCCACCGAAGAUGAGGAAUCGGCGGCGAAGUUGUUAUCUGCUCUGGGAGCCUGCUCCAUUGAUCUUAGGGAGUAUCUUUGCCGCAGAAAUCUUGCUGACGCCGGGAUAACUCCCUCACCGGUACGGGCGCCGUCAUCACCGCAGCUCCCGGUACCGGAGCCGUCGUCACCGCAGCCGCCGCCUUCUUGUACUUGUACUGCCAUCGAGUCUAAAGGGAUGGAUCCCGCAGUGUACGGCAUGAUGAAAUCCAUGCUAGCAUCGAAGGCGGCGGUGGCACGAACAUCGGCGUCGGCGAACAAGGUGAAAAUUGAGCCGGGCAGUGAUGCGACGAGAUCAUCGCCGGUGCAUGGGAAGAAGAGGAAUCUGGCCGAAGCAUACGGCAGCGACGACCCACCAUCUGUGCCGCCAAACACUCCGCCUACCGCCGAUGACAGCUCGGCGCCCACCGGAAUUUGUUCCCCGCCCGAGGCCUUCUCCCGGAGCAGCCGGAAGACGCAGCAUAUUCCCAGCGGACACGACGGCGACAGCACCGACUGGGUGGCCGCGCGGGAGAGGCUGCGGGGCGCCGUCCCGCCGCAGCAGGAGCGCGUGCUUGCGGCGACCGAGCCCUCCGACAUCGUCGCGUCCACCUACGUCGCUGUUCUUCAGGCUGCAAACUCCGCGUCCUUCUCCUUGGCCUACGCGCUGGAGCUGGAGCAGCGGCUGGACGCGCGGGACGCGGAGGUCGCCGCACUGCGGACGCAGCUGGAGAAGUCGGAGGCCCAGCUCGCCGGGGCGGAGGCGGAGGGGGAGAUGAUGAAGGCCGAGCUCGCCGUGCGGCGGCGCGCACAGGACGCGCUGGAUGGCUACGAGAGGUGGCGGGGCACGAACGCGGGGCGGACGACCUGAAACGCGGUGGCUUUUUCUCUCUACGCGGGGCUGAUAAUUACCUUGAAGAUUGAUCUUUUGGAAUACUACUCCUGAAGCCUCGUUGAUGAUCUUUUGCACACGACUUUUCUGGGUUUCAGACCAACAUUUUGGAGCCAAAUUCACUGUUCUGAACUUUAUGCAAAAGCUUAGCACGAUUUGACCCUAUUUGUAAAAAAAGUUUGGAUCUGACCGUUUUUACGGAAUCAAUAACUGCCGAACGUGCCAGAUUUUUUAUGUCUCA